GUCACUUAAGAGGAAGUUGUUGGUUGCAUUAUUUCCCUGGAGAGAAGACGGACACCUGCUGCGUCCAUACACACAAGCGAUACAGAGAUAAAGAAUCGAGUUCGGUUUAAUAGGUGUGGUAAUUAUAGAGCUCGUUUAACUUUAUUCGAGUCGUAGUCAUAACCGAAAACAGCUGGGACAGGUAGACAGGAAGUGAAGAAUGGCUCAGGUGCGUUUCAUUGCCUCCAUCGUCGGUUUUCUCUGUUGUCUGUCGGUUCUCAACGCGUGUAAAUGGGACCCAGAAACGGACGUCGAGCAGGGUCUAAAUAUUAGCUCAUUUAAUGACGGCGCGGCUUACGUGGCUUACCUGUCGGAGGUUUCGGACGAAGAGCAGUGCCAGAAAGCUUGUUGUGAGUUUGAAGACUGCCAGAUAGCUCUGAUUGGGACUCCAGCGGACGACGGCAAGCCAGAAUGCCGCCUGGUCAACUGUUUGAAAGACGGCAAAGACGUGUGUGUUUUGACCCGGAGUACACAAUUCAAGGUGUACCGCAAGAUCCUGGAUACCGCUGAUCAAGAAACCCAAAACGAGGCUCGCUCUGUAAACACAGAUUACUGCCGUCUCCCAAGGGUGGUGGGAAACUGCCGCGCUGCUUUCCCACGAUUCUAUUAUGAUGUCACCAAUCAGACCUGCAAGCCGUUUAUCUUUGGCGGCUGUGGGGGCAAUGAUAAUAACUUUAAUACCACGGAGGAAUGUGAGGCAUCCUGUAGUGGGGUGACAGGUGCUGUGCUUACAGACUCCCAUUCUGUCUCUCAACGCAGCAGGAUGUCCAUACCUGAGAACAACAAUGAGUUUGAACCCAAGGCUCUUCCUGAGAUGACCUCAGAGGAAUUCCAAGAGAAGUGUCUGGCUGAUGCACAGACCGGACGCUGCAGAGCCUCCAUUAGACGCUAUUACUACAACAACGGCACCUGUCGACCAUUCAUCUAUGGAGGCUGCGGUGGCAACCAGAACAAUUAUGAAACUGAGGAAACAUGCAUGACGACCUGCACAGUGAGGCUCAUUCCCAGCAACCAGAAGGCACCUGUCGUUCCCUCCACCCCUAAACCUAACCGCAUCCACAGCUUUGAAGAAACCUGUGCCGUGCCAUUCGAGUCCGGCCCAUGCCGUGCACUCUUCCGUAUGUUUUACUUUGAGGCCAGCUCUCAGUCUUGUAAGCCCUUCAUCUAUGGAGGCUGCCAGGGAAACCUAAACCGCUACGGUAGUGAGCAAGAGUGCAUGUCAGCUUGCUAUGGGAAAGACGGACGUUUUGAUGAACAUGGACACCACAAACGUAGCCGCUGGACUCCAGCCUUCUUCCUAGUGGCCACCCUGGCAAUCAUGUCUGCCCUGCUUCUGGUAGGUUUGAUCCUGAUUGCAGUGCGCAGAAACUCCAACAGGAGGUCCAUCAUAUUGGAUGAUAAGGAGGAGUUGCUGCCUGCAGAGGAGCAGGUGUCUUAUGAGAAGCUACCUAAGGUUGUUUCAAACUAAAGCUAAGGCCUUCAUCCAUCUCAUGACACUCCAACAUUCAGAUCAAUUAAAACUACUAAGAAUUUAAGUUACAUUAAAGUUCCAAUUUGAGUACAUUUUGUAAGAUGUUCCAAAUUAGUAACUAAUGCAUAUCAUACAUAUAGGCAUUAUGCAAACAAGUGGAAAUUUUUGCACACAUAUAAAGAACCAUUUAAGAAUAAAGUUUGUUUCAUGGUUGUUUAAAUGAGGUAUUCUACACUAUUUUUAGUUGUAAAAGUGGGAGAUGUCGCACUAUCGUUUGGGGAGUUGGUUUAAAUACUUCUGUUGCCUUUAUUGUCACUUUUUAUGGUUAUUAUCAUACAUAGUAAAUAAGCUUUCAGGGAUAUAUUUAUCACAACCAUAAUGACAAAGAAUAUGAUUAAUAAUGAAGUGGUUUCCUAUAAGCUUUUUUGCCUUCACUUACAUGUAUAUGUGUGUAUACAUUUAAACAUAAGAAUAAUUGAUUGGUGAUUUUUUUAUUAUUUUUAUUAUUAUUAUUAUUAUUGGCUUAUAACACUCAUGGCACAUUUUUUGUCUCUAGAUUUCAUUAGUGAGAAUGAUUCUGUGGAAUUCUUUUGAUGACUCUUGCUUACCAAUGAAUGCCCUUUAACCGUGACCUGCUGUAAUUGUUUAAUUCAUACAAGCCUAAACUUUUUUUUUGUUUGUUUGUUUAAAAAAGCAUUGUUAUUUUCAAAUCUUCAACAAUAAAGGUACAUUUAUUCA